AUGGCGACUCAGGAUCCCCAUGAGAUUGCGCAGCUUGUCAAAGCCCUUGAGGAUGCUGCGAAGCAAAAAGGCGGCAAAAAGGCAGCUUUCACUUGCAAGAAGAAUACUUUCGCGGUCGCCAACACCAAUAAUGUGACCGUGGACUCGUGGAAGUUCAUGGAUUGGGAUUACAAACGCUCUGGAUUGCCGACCUAUGCCCGUGGGCUUUUCACAUCUCGGCGCAAAGAUCGUACUCCCGAAAUCGUCACCCGUGGCUAUGAUAAGUUCUUCAAUGUCGGCGAGACGAGGAACACCGAAUGGCGCAACGUUGAGCAGAACACACGUGGUCCAUACGAGCUGAGUGUGAAGGAGAAUGGAUGCAUUAUUUUCAUUUCCGCCCUGGAGGAUGACACGCUCCUAGUAUGCAGCAAGCACUCGACAGGAGUCCGAGAGGAUUCCAAUCUUAGCCACGCGCAGGCUGGUGAACAGUGGACCGAACGCCAUGUCACAUCGGUGAAUCGAUCUGUCAAAGAUCUUGCUCGAACACUACGCAAGAUGAAUGUCACGGCCGUGGGUGAGCUCUGUGACGACACCUUUGAAGAGCAUGUUCUGGCAUACGACCAAGCUGCGUCGGGCAUCUACUUGCACGGCCUCAACUACAACCAGCCUGAAUUUGCUACCAUGUCCUGUGACGAGGUAAAUCAAUUUGCCGAGGACUGGGGCUUCAAGAAGACCAAGUUUGAGGUUUUUGACGAUAUUUACCGAGUCCAGAGCUUCCUGGAGAGCUGCGCCGAAACGGGGACAUGGGAUGGUCGCGAAACCGAAGGCUUUGUGAUUCGAUGCCAGUUGAGGAAUAGCCCCAACGAGCCUUACCGUCACUGGUUCUUCAAGUACAAGUUCGAAGAGCCUUAUCUCAUGUACCGUCAGUGGCGUGAGUGCACCAAGGCCCUCAUCGCAGGCAAAACCCCCAGGAUUCGCAAGCACCAGCAGGUGACCGAAGAGUAUCUUCUCUUUGCUCGAAGGACUUUGGCGAAAAACCCCAAAAUGGCCGAUGAAUACCUACACAACCAUGGUAUCAUUGCUCUGCGUGAAGCUUUCCUUCAGGAGCGCGGAUUGAAGGGAUCUGAGAUCAUCGCCCUGGAGGCUCAAAAGCAGCUGGAAGGCAAUGAAACCACCCAGAACGUAGUUCUCGUGCCAGUUGCUACUCUUGGUUGUGGAAAGACGACGGUUGCCUUGGCACUGGUACGUCUUUUCGGCUGGGGACAUAUUCAGAACGACAACAUUCCCAAAGUCAAGGGUAAACCUAAGAAGUUCGCAACCGAAAUCAGCCAGUCUCUUGCAGACCACGACGUUGUUAUCGCCGAUCGAAACAAUCACCAACGGCGCGAACGCAAACAGCUCAUCGAGGAUAUCCACCCUCUGAUUCCAGAUGUGCAGUUUGUGGCACUUCAUUAUGUUCACGAGCCUAAGGGACAGCUUCUUCCCAAUAUCAAAGAGGUGACUCGCAAGCGUGUCUUGGACCGUGGCGAUAAUCACCAAACCAUUCGAGCUGGAACAAACGCCCACGGAGAAAUUAUUGGAAUUAUGGAAGGUUUCCUAGGUCGAUUUGAGGGUAUUGACACCACCCGAUCUCCUGAUAUGGCCUUCGACCAUGUCGUUGAUCUUGAUGUGUGUUCAUCAUCUCGUGAAAAUCUCGAAACAGUCGUCAAGGCCCUACACGCUGCAUACCCCAAGAUUGUCCCCGCGGUUCCAACCGCAGAAGAGCUCGAUGCUGCUAUCGCCUCCUCAUUGGAUGAUUAUACGGUAGAGAAGGAUCUCAGCUACAGCUAUGGCCCACCUCAGAAACAAAAGAACAAGAACAAAUCACCAGAUACCCCCAUUGUUCCUCAGCCCACAAGCUCCCCUACACCCAGCGCCCUCGCCAAGAAGAUCGAAUACUUCAACAUCUCUCUUCCCACAAACGAAAUCACCUCGGUCCUCCACUCGCUCUUCCCACCCUCAACCCCCGCCUUGACAGCCCAGCUCUACCACCAGCUGGUUAACUCUCGCCGCCUCCAGGCAGCCUUCCACGUCACGCUCAUCCACCGUGCAUCCAAAAAGGACAACCCUGAAAUCUGGGAGCGCCUGUCAACCCGCUACAUAGAGGCACAGACCAACAGCCCGACCCCCGAAUCCGUGCACAACCCACCCGCUUUGGGUUCUGCACGCGUCCGCCUCGAGCGUCUAGUCUGGGACAAGCGGAUCAUGACCUUCGUUGCCCGCAUCCUCCCAGCAGGCGAAGAGAACUCUGAUGCCGCUUCUGAAUGGCCUUGUGCAAAUGCCAUUCCGCACAUCACGGCCGGCACGGCCUCGCCUGACGUUAAGCCAAAGGAGAGUAAUGAUCUGCUACGCCGGUGGGUUGAGGUUGGGUCGGGUGGUGACACGGGGAUUUUCGAAGCCGAAGUAAAGGGUGUGAAAGUUGUGGAUGGAGUGGUGGGGUUGGUUAUGAGUCGGGGGAAGUUUUAA